AACGGGUUCCCCGCGCCUGACAGCCCACGUGGCUAGCCAUGUGCCAACAUGUUUUGAUCCCUGCGCGUGUUUACUUCUCAAUCGUCGCCGCGAGCUCUUUAGCUUGAACACUGAACGGUGGUACGGUUUUCGUCAACUUUAACGGUGUUUCGGGAACUUUAGUGAACUUUUCGAGGAUGUACGCGUUUGCGAUUAUCGCCGCGUUCCUGAUAUUGCCGGGGCCAUCCAGUAUCUACUCGGAUAAUUUAGGUUCCCUGGCUAGCACGCUCAAAGAUAUGCACCGGACCGCGUGCGACGACGAGCUGGUGUCGCUAGCAUGCCCCACGGGCACAGUCGUCAAUGUGCAAGCGGCAACGUACGGUAACGGGACACGCACGUGCGAGAGCGUCAAGCCGGGACAACAGACGAGCGAUGGAUGCUUGUGGCCUAAUUCUAUGCAGUACUCCUUACUACAAACAGUAGUGGAGGCAUGUCAGAAGAAGAAAAACUGCCAAUUCAGCACAGCACUGAUGGCGGGUGCCCCCGAUCCGUGCCCUAAGGCUAGGAAGUUCGUACGAGUGGCGUACAAGUGUCGACCAUAUGAGUUCCGGAGCAUCGUGGCCUGUGAAAACCAGACCCUGACCAUCGGCUGCAACCCGUACUCGAGGAUUGCCGUGUACGAUGCUGAAUUUGGACGCACCCUGUUCUCCACGGAGUGCUCGCAGAAAGGAAUGGCUGACGAGAAUUGCAAGGCGCUAAUGGCAGGCAGCAAAGUGAUGCAAAGUUGUCACGGGAAGAGAAGGUGUGAGGUGCUGGCUUCCAGAACAAUCUUCGGGAACCCUUGCAACCGCACCAACAGGAUGUACCUCAAAGUUGUGUUUGCUUGUGUGCCGCUGGGCGUUCUCACAGAGCAGUUUGAGGCCACUCAAGAGGCGGACGAGGCCAUGAAUGGGGUUCUGAACUCAGCCGCUUCGGAGUUGUACGACAAUACUGGUAAGCUAAAAAAAAUUAUACAAUUCUAA